AGGUCGCAGUCGAGUCGUUGCUUUGGCCUGACGUGGUCGUGUGGCUUCCUGCGCCCGCUCUUCGCGCCCCGUCGCUCCCGCCCGGACGCCCGCAGGAUGGCCCACAAGCAGAUCUACUACUCGGACAAGUACUUCGACGAGCACUACGAGUACAGGCAUGUCAUGUUACCCAGAGAACUUUCCAAACAAGUCCCGAAAACCCAUCUGAUGUCUGAAGAGGAGUGGAGGAGACUUGGUGUCCAGCAGAGUCUAGGCUGGGUUCAUUACAUGAUUCAUGAGCCAGGACCACACAUUCUUCUCUUUAGACGACCUCUUCCAAAAGAGCAACAAAAAUGAAGUCUAUCUGGGGAUCGUCAAUUAAAUCUUUUUCAAAUUUAAUGUAUAUGUGUAUAUAAGGUAGUAUUCAGUGAAUACUUGAAAAAAUGUACAAAUUGUUGAUCCAUACCUGUGCAUGAGCUGUAUUCUUCACAG